AUGGUGGGAGAUAUGGACAGCUGUGGUUCCUGUCUGCGAUAUAAACAAUGUCAUCACAUCAAUGGGUCAUGUCCUGAAGACUGUGAUGCUGGGUUUGAGGGGACAUUUUGUGAUAGAGAGUGUUCAGGUGGAAAGUUUGAAAUGAAUUGUGAGCGAGAUUGUGAUGAACAUUGUGCUGACCCUUUUAAUUGCAACAGAAAAAUCGGGGAGUGUGAAGGCGGAUGUCAACCAGGCUGGAAAGGACUUCAAUGUACUAAUGGUAACGUGAUCUUACUGGGAAAAGAUAAUUUGGCUUUGAACAGACCAACAUGGCAAUCAAACCAAUACAAUCCAGAUGAUAAUUUAUUCGACUCCAGUAAUGCUGUAGAUGGACUGAAGACUGACCUCAGUGCAUGGGGAGGACAGUGUUCUAUAUCAUCUGAUGGAUACAGUACUUCAACCUGGUGGGUAAUCCUGGACGCAAUCUACAGCAUUCAUGAUAUAAGGAUUUAUUACAGGACAGAUAACAAUGCUUGGGAUGCAUCAAAUGGCUUCACGGCAAGAUUUCUAGGUUUCUAUGUUUAUAUAUCAAAUUCAACAAACCGUCUAGAUGGUCGUUUGUGUUUCCACGAUACGAAUUACACCAGAUCUACAAUACCAGCCGUCGCCAAUAUAAGGUGUCCCGUCCAUGGACAAUAUGUCAUCUACUUUAAUGAGAGAUUUCCAGGUGUCUCAUACCCGAUAGGAUAUUCCAAAUUUGCAUAUAAUGAACUCUGUGAGGUGGAGGUCUAUGGUUGCAGGACUGGCUACUACGGAUCUAACUGUUCCCUCCUCUGUCCUGACAAUUGUCGUUACUGUCAUGUAGAGACAGGAGUUUGUUCUUGGUGUAAACCUGGCUAUCAAGGAUAUCAGUGUGAUAAUGUGCGUACUACAUUUGUGUCGGGAGUUAAUAGAAAGACGGCUAAAUUUUACACCAUUCCCGAGCAUAAGGAAGAUGCUCACAGCACUUUUGAUCAUAGGCGCUCCCCAGCUUAA